AAUUUGUGAAUUCUGACUAUGAAUUGGAAAACCUAGCCAGAAAGAUAAACCCUAAAAGUAAUUGAAAAUUUUCACAUUGCCUGCAGAGUUGGGUAAAGUAGUAACUUGAUCUUCAUAUAAUCCCCUUCGAUGAUCCCUCAAGUUUUCCGAACAAAUAUCGAAACUUUUCACUUUUACCACUCGAUUGAUCCCGACCCGUUUAAUCGAUGGAUUCAGAGGAUAGAUCCGAGAUUGCCUUCUUCGACGUUGAGACGACUGUGCCAAACCGAGGGCAACGUUUCGCGAUACUAGAAUUCGGGUCAAUACUUGUAUGCCCGAAGAAGCUUACGGAGCUCCGAAGCUACACGACUCUGGUCCAACCUGCAGAUUUGAGUCUCAUAUCUUCCUUGUCCGUCAGGUGCAACGGCAUCAACCGUGACGACGUCGUUUCGGCACCGUUGUUCUCCGAUAUCGCUGAUACUGUUUACGACAUUCUCCACGGGAGGAUAUGGGCAGGUCACAAUAUAUUGAGGUUUGAUUGUGCAAGGAUCAGGGAAGCAUUUGCAGAGAUUGGACGUCAACCACCUGUGCCAAAAGGCGCCAUCGACUCAUUGACUUUGCUAACUCAAAGGUUUGGUAGAAGAGCUGGUAAUAUGAAGAUGGCAACUUUAGCUACGUAUUUCGGACUCGGGAAACAGACGCACAGGAGCCUUGACGAUGUUAGAAUGAAUCUUGAGGUUGUCAAAUAUUGUGCUACGGUCUUGUUCUUGGAGUCGAGUCUUGGACUUGUAGAUCACUCGGUAUCUCCAGGAACCACUAGUACAAGGAGACGUCUCGAUGCAUCUUCUUCUCACGAGGGUAAUAUAGUAACCUCUGUUAGGCUACCGUCCAUUAGCGAGAACAGUGCAGCUCAGCCGGAUCCGUUUAACAUGAGCGUCUUGAGGAAUGAAAUGGCUUCCGACAACCACCUUCAAUCAGACAUUCUCAUGGAAGAAGAAGAAGAACAGAUUCAACCAUCUGAUACUGCUGUCUUUGAGAAUACCAGUGACCAUGAGGGAUUCUUGGCGCCAGAUGCAAUAUCUAUUCCAUACAUCAAAGCGAUUCUUGUCCCGUUUUUUCCUGGAAGCCAAAUGAUGAAACUAAAGCUACUCUAUGGUGAUGAUUCCCCUCUGCAGCUCUACUGUUCUUGUCUGAAAAUACGGUUUGGAGUCAAUGGGAAGUUUAUGGAUAACACUGGGAGACGGAGGUUAAACUUUGUGGUUGAUCUGAAUCCAAGCCUGUGCAGUAUACUCGAAGCAUGUGACAGUAAUGCUCAGAAACUAUCCGUUAAUUCGGGUUCUACCUCUGACUGGAAUCCGGUUGUGAAUCCAAUGAAGGGAUUUGUAAACUACCCUAACGCAAGGAUACAUAUUGCAACAGAAAUAAACGGAGAUAUAGCUCGGUAUGCAACAGAGAUAUACCAGAGAGAGUCCUCUGGAGCUAGUCAGAAACUAAUCUUCAGCAACCCGAGCGGUGAGGAGCUGGAAUCGUUGCUUACCACGGGAAGUUUGGUCGAUGCAUUCUUGUCUCUGGAACCGUAUGAUUAUCAGCAGAAGGCAGGAAUCCGCCUUGUUGCCAAAAAACUAGUUAUACACUCGUACAUCAAUACAUAAUUGUUACUACCAAAUACACACACACACCCACUCGUUCUGUGUUGUAAUCAUGUAGUUGAGAAGACUCUGUACAUAAAAGUUUCAAAUAAAUGCAAUCAAGAUUUGUAGAA